UGUGUAAGUGCUGUGAAUUAGUUACAUAUUUCGAGUAGAUUUCUGAGAUGACAUUUGCUUUCUUCACUACUGCACCAGGACUCGACAGUCGAGUUGCCGUGUGAAAUGCUCUGUCUCAGGAACGUCUUUAUCACUGCGUUAUGUGAUUGGUCAAUAAGCAGUCACUUAAAUACGAUAAAACAUGCUGAACAACAUUCGAACUAUCGCGCGUUCUGCUCUGGCAGUCAUGAAGAACAGUCGAGUCGACGUGCACGUACGGCAAGGAAGGCUACAGGGAAUUGUCGAGGAGAAUGUCCAUGGAGGCUACUACACCGCAUUCCGUGGGAUACCGUACGCGCAACCUCCGGUCGGCGACCUUAGAUUUCGCGAUCCUCAGCCAGCGCAAACAUGGGCCGGUGUACGGGACGCCUCGAAAUUCGGAGAUGUCUCUCUGCAGGUGGACAUGUUCACGCGUCAGGUAGUUGGCUCCGAGGACUGCCUUUACCUGAACGUGUACACCUCGGACGUCGAGCCGAAGAACAAACGCGCCGUGAUGGUGUGGCUGUACGGCGGCAGCUAUACUAAUGGUUCCGGCGAUGAUUUCAUCUACGGCCCCGAUCAUAUCGUCCGGAAAGACGUAGUGCUGGUUACACUGAAUUACCGAGUAGGCGCAUUUGGUUUCCUGAAUCUAGGAAAUGACGUGGCAGGAGGCAAUCAAGGUCUGAAGGAUGCAAUCAUGGCAUUACGAUGGGUUCACGAUAAUAUAUCGAACUUUGGUGGAGAUCCAGAAAAUAUCACUCUCUUUGGUGAAAGCGCCGGUGCAGCUAUAGCGCAUUACUUAACCAUGAGUCCGUUGGCUGACGGUUUGUAUCAUAAAAUGAUCAUACAAAGCGGGUCAAUGUUGUGCCCAUGGGCUUUGGCCGUUCCGGAAUGGCAGAAAGCUUUACAACUCGUCGAGAAACUCGGAAAACGGACCACAGAUCUGAAAGAGGCGGGCGAGUUUCUCAAAACGGCCGACGCGAAUAAAAUCAUCGACGCUUCACAGACGCUCUUGUCCAGCCACGAAAACCGACUGUUCGUAGUCGCGUUUGCCCCAGAUGUGGACUUGAAGUCACCGAAUCCAUACUUCUCGGAAGACCCGAUCGUGGUGGCGCGCCGCGGAAUUAAAGUGCCGCUCCUGCUUGGUUAUACAAACAGCGAAGGGAUUUUCUUCACACGCAGCUUGAGCGAUAGAGCUAUUCAAAUAGUCAAUUCCAAUUUCGAGAAUACCGUACCUAUAAGAGUUAUGGCUGACUUAAGGAAGAAAUCGAUGACGGCUGAUGAUGUACGAUAUUUAUAUUUCGGUGACAAACCGCUGUCGAAGGAAACUUUAAGCCAUUACGCUGAUUAUAUCACCGACUUGCUCUUUCAUCGUCCCAUUCAGGAAUUAGCUAAUAUACAAAUGCAGAUGGGACACAGACCGACAUACAUGUAUAAAUUCUCAUAUGACAAUAGAGCUUCCUUUUUGAAAAAAGCGAUGAACAUUACUCUCCCAGGAGUGGCUCAUACCGAAGAGUUGUUUUAUUUAUUUUAUCCUUACGUAAUGAAACAGUUAGGUAUGCAACUCCCUGCAUCCAAUUCGGAAGAAUAUAAGGUAACAGAUCGCUUCACGCAGAUGUGGACGGAUUUUGCCAAAACAGGGAACCCAACACCUGCUGUUACGGAUUUGAUCCCGACUAAAUGGACACCAUUAAAACCAGGAAACGUGUACGACUAUUUAAACAUCGAUAAAGAACUGCAGAUGAAAACUGCCUAUAAAGGAGAGCAACGUUGCGACUGGGAGAAGAUAAGAAACAAGCUUUAAGACCCUCUAUUCAUCAGAAUUUUACUAGUAAAAACAAAUUUUUUUAGCACAUGGAAUGAUCAAUAUAAAAAACAACAAUACGAGAUAACAUAUUUCAAAUUCUAUUUUUUGUAGUAACUUUAAAUUAAUAUUACGCUAUUUAUGACAGAAUCGGUGUAAUUUAUAAAAAUUAAUAGAACCGUGUAUAGUUCUAAUUAAUAGACGAUUAUAAUCAUAAACCGGUAUAUUUGCUCAAUGUAAUAAAUUUUUUCAAAAUUAUUAAAUUUGAUAUGUUCUGAUUUUGUUGUUUACUUUCCAUGUAAUCAGCAUAUUAACUACUCUUUUACUUUUUUAUACCAAUUAUAUUUCGUAUAUUGACAAGUGCAAAAAUAGCUAUGGUAUGAUAUAGUAUGAUAUGGUAUAACAUACAGAAAACAUAUAAAUAUGUAAUUACAAAAGCGUUUAAUGCGUUGUCAGAAAAAAUUCUAUUUCAAUUUUUUAUCCAGUAACGGGAUUCUAUAACUCGUUAUUAGAGUUAACGACAUCAUUAUCGUUGCGCAACUUUUCUAUGGUGUACAAAAGUUGUGCAACGAUAACGAAACUGUUGUUAACUCCAAUAACGAGUUACAGAACCCCAGCACAGAUCUCAAUUUUAGAGGAUAUUUUCCUGAAGAGAAAGUUGACUAUCGAUAUCAUGAAGAUGUCAUUUUAUCAUUUUAAUACAGAUUUUCGGAUACUUGUAUGUAUUAAAAACUAGAUGAAAAAAGAAAUAACCAUAAGUUAAAUACUA